GAUGAUGCAAACCUUGAUCCACUUGCUGAAAUGCAACAUUGGCACAGGGCUCCUGGGGCUUCCUCUGGCCAUGAAAAAUGCAGGCCUACUGGUGGGCCCUCUCAGCCUGCUGGCCAUCGGGAUUCUCACUGUGCACUGCAUGGUCAUCCUGCUGAACUGUGGUGAUCACCUCAGCCAGAGACUGCAAAAGACUUUCGUGAACUAUGGAGAAGCCAUGAUGUACGGCCUCGAAAGCUGCCCUAACAGCUGGCUGAGGACCCACUCGGUGUGGGGAAGGUAUACGGUCAGCUUCUUAUUGAUAAUCACCCAGCUGGGCUUCUGCAGUGUUUAUUUUAUGUUUAUGGCAGACAAUUUACAACAGAUUGUGGAAGAAGCCCAUGUGACCUCCAACACCUGCCACCCCAGGAAGAUCAUGGUGCUGACCCCCAUCCUGGACAUCCGCUUGUACAUGCUUACAAUCCUGCCCUUCCUGAUCCUGCUGGUGUUCAUCCAGAACUUCAAGGUGCUGUCCGUCUUCUCAACACUGGCCAACAUCACCACCCUGGGGAGCAUGAUUCUGAUCUUUGAGUAUAUAGUACAGGGAAUCCCAGAUCCCAGGAACCUGCCCUUGAUGGCAGGCUGGAAGACAUUCUUGCUGUUCUUUGGUACAGCCAUCUUCACAUUUGAAGGCGUUGGUAUGGUUCUGUCUCUCAAAAACCAGAUGAAGCAUCCACAACAGUUUUCCUUUGUCCUGUACUUGGGGAUGUCCAUUGUCAUCAUCCUCUACAUAUGCCUGGGAACGUUGGGCUACAUGAAGUUUGGGUCGGGCACUCAGGCCAGCGUCACCCUCAACUUGCCCAAUUGCUGGUUGUACCAGUCAGUCAAGUUGAUGUACUCUAUUGGCAUCUUCUUCACCUACGCCCUCCAGUUUCACGUCCCGGCUGAGAUCAUCAUCCCCUUCGCCAUCUCCAAGGUGUCAGAGAGCUGGGCACUGUUUGCAGACUUGUCUGUCCGCACAGCCUUGGUCUGUCUGACCUGUGUCUCGGCCAUCAUCAUCCCCCGCCUGGACAUGAUCAUCUCCCUGGUGGGCUCCGUGAGCAGCAGUGCACUGGCCCUCAUCAUCCCACCCUUCCUGGAGAUCCUCACCUUCUACCCUGAAGACAUGAGCUGCAUCACCAUUGCAAAGGACAUCAUGAUUAGCAUCAUGGGCCUUUUGGGGUGUAUAUUUGGGACAUACCAAGCCAUCUAUGAGCUGAACCAACCCAUCAACCAUUCCAUAGCCAACUCCACAGGUGUCUAUGCAUAA